CCGGAACAACCUUCUUCACGCACGUCAGUUUACCGGCGUCUGCAUCAAAGCGGGGCAGACACAGCGGAGAAUUUUUCGUGAUUAACGGUUUAAAAACAAACGAACAAAAAACAAAGAUGUUGUCGUUGGGCGGGUUCUCGGUGGCUCUCGCGCUCGCUCUGUUUCCCGGUUCCGGUGACGCACUGAAAGAGGGAGAUUGUGAAGUGUGUACGGCCUUCCUCGGGAAGUUCUACCAGUCGCUAGAGGGAAACAACGUAAAGUUCAACAGCGCCGACAUCGAGCAGGCCAUCGUAAAGACGUGCAAAGACGCCAAAGGGAAAGAAAACCGCUUCUGCUACUACAUCGGGGCGACGAGCGACGCCGCCACCAAGAUGAUCAACGAGGUGUCCAAGCCCCUCAGCCACCACGUUCCUGUCGAGAAGAUCUGUGAGAAGCUCAAGAAGAAGGACAGUCAGAUCUGUGAGCUUAAAUACGACAAACAGCUGGACCUGACCACCGUGGACCUGAAGAAGCUGAAGGUGAAGGACCUCAAGAAGAUCUUGGAGGAGUGGGGCGAGUCCUGCAAAGGCUGCGCCGAAAAGUCCGACUUCAUCCGCAAGAUCACGGAGCUCAUGCCCAAGUACGCCCCCGCGGCCGCCAAAGCACGGACAGACCUGUGAGCGGAGAGCGAAGGCAAGACUUUGGACUCGGACCAGAUCGCUGAGGAGGAGGAGGAGGAAGAGUCUGUGCUCGGGCAUCUGGUAAUCCUUACCUUCCUCACAAGUAUAGAUAUUGGUCCUUCACUAUACUCUCAAAUCAAGUGUCAAGUUUGUUAGCGGCGAGCAGCUGGAAGUCAAAGUGACCGCUUACUAUUCCACAAGCCCGCCUGUCUCCACUUCGCUUUCCUGUAACGCCGACCCACUUUUUUUGGAAAAGUGGGCAUGUUUUGAAGAUUAUUCCCCUCCCGAUUUCACCCUGUUUUUUAUUUUUUGCCAACGCCCCUUUGAGGAGGACGUGUGCACGUUGUUCAGAUGAUGCUUAAAGGAGAAAGUCUCAAAUUCUCAAGUCUCAAAUGAUGUGAUUCCUGCUGUCCGGCAAUGUCUUCACAAUAAUAACUACUUUUUUGUGUCUGCGCGUUGUAUAAACCUAGACUUGAAGUAAAAUAAUGAAUGAGUUCAGAUCUUCUACAUCAGUCUUUUUUUGUUUGACUCUGUAGUUAACAAUCGAGAGUGAAAAAUGAAUCAACUAUAUUUUAAAAACAACUUUUUGUUUUCUGUUCCUCAUUCAAACAUAUUGUGAACACUUUGUUCACGCGUCACAUUAGGAAGCGUCCUGGUGGAUCCAAUCACAACAUCAAUCAGGAUAUUUUAUGAGUAUUUGUCUUUGACACGGGACACUGCUGGCAAAGUAUAAUAUACACAUUAUAAUGCUCAUUUCUUGAGGAUUUAUUGUCUCUAAUAGUUUUUUUUGGGGAGGGUUGAUCUGAAUUUCGGAUGAUAAAGUGUUUGUAUCCGCCUGCCGAUCACAUGCAGCGUCAUCCAAUUGGGAAUCAGAUCCUAGGAUUGUUUAGAAUUUACAGUAAAAAGAAAUCUGGGCCUUUAACUUACAUUUAAGGUGGUUGAAUUUUGCUUGUUCCUGAACAUGCAGGAAAAUAACCAAAUAUAUAUUUUCUUCCACGUGUUGCAGUGACUAAUGUCAUCACACGCACACAGACACACACCUGUUGUGUAAGUCAGAAGGGAGGAUCUAUAUUUGAUUGUGUGAUGGAAUGGUUUGUAUCGACUUGAACUUAAAAUCUGCUGUUUGUUUCACAUUGACUUUUUCUUCACGUCAUUUGUUACAACUGUACUAUUCUACUUUUUCAAUAAAAAAUAUGAAAAGGCC